AUGCAACGGAAGUUUCGGGUCGACUACGGCGAGACUGCUGGACUCUACACCACCGUUGACAAGAUGUUCUUGAAGGCUUGGGACCAGGCCAUGGGCCCUGCGUUUCGCGAGCAGCGCGAUGCAUACAACGAAUUCAAGGGCAGCCGUCUCGCACGCCUCGACGAGGGUGAGGGCGACGAGCUCAUCGAGGAAAUCGAGACUCUGAACCGGAGACGGCUCGCCAAGAGAUACAGCUGGGCUCACAACGUCACGAGCGCACUCGCCAACCCGAGUAUCGCGUCCGAUAUCACCAGGGAGAAUCGAGGCAAGCUGUAUGGUCAUAUUGGACAGUAUUUCCUGAAGAAUCCGGCACUCGAACGCGGUAAUCGGCCAGGGUGGAGGUCGCAUGUGAUGCCUGGCCCCAGGGCCGCAAAGGCGCGGCAGCUGCGGAAACAGCGACGUCAACAAUCACUCGAAGCCGCUGGAGUGCAGGGCGCUGCCGCAUCCGCAGUGGUUGAGAACCAGGUCGAAUGUCAUGCUGGAGACUUGGAGGGCCUUGGACUGAAACUCGCACAGGUCGAGAUGCAGGUUGCAGAGACACUGAGGGGGAUGGGGAGGGCGAAUGCUUUCACAUUGUAG